AUGGUGAAACCGAUACCUCUGUACUUUGCUAGAAGCAUGGCUGAUUUACGUGCUCAAAUUGGUGUUCGUCAUAACCGUAAUCAACCAUUAACAUUCAAACGAUUUCAAAAAUUAUAUAAGACGGUCAAAAGUGAAGCAGAACAGUGUUUGAACGUGGAAGGUGAUCGAGAAUUAGCAUAUGUAGCUUACUGCAAUGCACUUGAAUAUCUGAACCAGAUGACAAAAUGUGAAGAAUACUCACAACAAUCCGAAACCUUUCAAACAAGAUAUGAACAACGACGUAUUGAUUGUGAGCAACACGAAUGUGCACUACGCUUGGAAUUAGAACAAAGGUAA